UCGCCCUCCCUUCAAACCAUUCGUCACUUAUUGCCCCGGAUUGUUUGACGCUCUUUACCGCGACCUCGUACGUGAUCGCCUGCACUGCUUUUCUAGGGCGCUGAGCCUAGAUCGCGACUGGACCUUUCGGCAUUCAGGCUGCAGUAUCCUUUGAUAGCGAGUAUCCCUCGGGUCCAAAGACCCCAUCGCACAGAUUGUUCAGCUGGGAGCCUAUACGUCUGCUUGCAGCUACUGGCCUGAUGACGGAAGAAGGUGGGUCAUCGGGGCUUUAACAUGUUCUUACCGGCUCUACACGCUCAAUCAAGGAGACAUUCGGUCUCCCUGUUUACAAGGCAAUAGCUCAACUACGCAGCAGGUUCUGGUUGGUGAUACGGAGAAGGCGGCCGAAACGCAGCCAAAAAGCAGAGUAUCCCUUCAGACAUGGCUCAAACAACAGAAAGAGGACACAAGGGAUGACGUCGCAUUAUCCACUAUCAAAGACACUAAGAAGCGAUUCAAGAUGGUACGACAACGCCUAUCUGAUUGUCAACGCUACGGGAAAGAGUUAUACGUCGCAGAAGUUCAACAAUUGCUUCGAGAGUUGGAAACCUUGUGCACCCUGAUGCAAACGGCCCCACCGUAUCCAUGGUCCAAGGCGAUCAAGGCGGGGAAUGCAGCAGGAAGCAAGGUAAAGUACGAGGUCGACGUAGCAUUAUCCCAAGAGGUAUGGCACCUGGCAUUUUCGGACGAUAAUCGCCAAGCCAAGGAGAUUGAGGCUAUCAUCGAGCUUGCAACGGAACUGGCUGUGCAAUCUGCAAGGCCAUCUCUUCGAUACAAUCGCGCUCAGGGAGCUGUAUACCAAGACUUCGCUCGGGAAUUCGAAGACCUUGGCGCGAUCGAUGAUCUGCAAAGGAUGCUCCAUGAUUACAACAUAGAGAUGAAUGGAGAGGAACUGUACGCACCCGUGCUGGUUGUACUUCAGUCUUCCGGCACGGGCAAAACCCGCACGGUGCUGCAGCUGUGUACACAAGAGCUAGGAUUAUACACUUGUCUUCGCCCAUCCGACGAUCCAAGAGUUGUGUCAGCCCCACCUGCCGAUAGAGCGGUAACGACUUUUCUGAGUCACAAAGGAUCAAGCAUUUUGGGACCCGAUGAGUCGAUUGAGGCGGCUACGAGGACUAUGGCCGCUUGGCUGAGCGCUUUCUUCGAAAUAUUUGCCGAUUACUGCGAGGGAGUGGUGAAGAAAUCCAAACUCAAUAUCAGUUGCCAGGCGGAUUGGUCGCGGUUCCCAGCUAUCAUCGCGGAAGAACUGUACGACGGGAUCACGCCCGGUUUCCAUGCAAUUCGAACUCCGACUCCUUCGCGGAGUUCACACGCUUCGAACAGCUCCGAUAAAAGCGUAGUCAUAGAUGAUUCACGACGGCCCGGACCUUCUACUGUACGUGAACGCCUAUUGAGCCAGAUUCUGGCGCGAGCAACCGGAUUGAAGGCAUCCAGGGCCUUUCCGACAAGGAAUACCGACAGCGCUGGUCAUUUUGACCCUUCCGCAGAGACGUAUGCCUUCCAUAUGGCUGGCGCACUCAAGCGUCUGAAGGAAAUACGCAAGGGGAUGCGAGGUUUGACGUUUGUCGCAUUCGACGAGGCGUUAUCGCUUGGCCGGCUCAGGCUGGAGGCCCUGCGGCGUCUGGCGAGCCACCUUCGCAAGCUGGACUUUUGGGUCUUGCUGCUGGACACCAAUAACAAGGUGUCGGAGUUGACUGGCGAAUCAGCACGGCUAGCGUCUACAAGACUUGACACAAGCAGCAAUCGUUAUCGACGCCUUGUACCUCCUUUUCAUAUCCUGCGCACAGACAUUUUUUUACAAAGCGAACCGAUUCGAUCCAAGUAUCUUCAAGUGGUGGGAGGUAACCGUCAAGUCUCUCAUAUGGAGUGUCUGCGUUUCAUUCCCAAGAUGGGCAGGCCUCUAUGGAACGACUCGUCUUGGGAAGGCUUUCAGGACGAAAAAGGGUCCAGACUGUUCCGUAUUCCCUUGCAAGCGAUCUUGGAAAAACUCCUUUCAGAACACAGUAUAGCGUCUCUCACAAGAAGGACUCCGGACAGUCCUGCGGCCCAAUUGAUCGCUUUGACAAACCAACGUCUUCCCUUGAAUAUCGUCGGAAUUCAAGGUCUACAUAGCGCGCCGAGCUUCGUCGAGACACAAAUAGCGCAUCAUCUGCGGGUCGUUGUUGCAGUAGAGGUAGAUGGCACUGGCAUACGCUCCUGGAUUCCGUCCGAGCCUCUGUUGAGCAUGGCGGCGGCCGAUUUGUUCAGACGAGAUCCGCAGAGGAUGUGGGGAGCGGCUGUCGAUACGAUCGCCCGACUCGCCAAGUCUCAUGACCUCAAUCUGGGAGAAUCUGGAGAAGAAUAUGUCAGGACCGCUAUAUCUGCUGCUGUCGACUUCGCCUUUCACAAGUGUUACAGGUCCGACAUCCCCGGAAUUGAGGAUUUGGACCCUCGCCAAGAAGAUAGUAUCGACUUGCCGGACCACCUCUUUGUCGUCAGCGUACGGGACUGGCUGAUCCAGUUGCUGGGACCGGAGCCCUUCGCUGACAACCCAGAAUUAGAUGCAUGGAGCAGUCGGCGAUGGAUCAACUUUACCCAUUUCGGAGUUCUUGGUCAAGCUUUCAAGGAAGGAACGCCUUUGCCACGAACUCAUCUAGCUGAGGCAUGGGUAAGACAGAUAGCAUUCACGGGCAGCAUCACGCAACCGAAGUGGGAUCUUCUUGUCGUCUGCUUAGAAUCUGAUGACCGCCCGAAGCUAGAAGAUCUUCUCGAUACACGCAAACUCUGUCCCAUCCUUAUACAGGUCAAAAAUCGCGACGAACAUCGUCCAUCUCCACUUGCGAGACUUGAGGAUCUUCGCGCGUCUGCCUACAACUCUGAGGAAUGCCCUACCGGGGUCUUGAGUAUCUACAUCAGCCUCGCCGCCGCGUCACCCAAGAUCGAAUACGCAACCAGAACUUUAGAAGGGAAUGUCAAGAGUCUGUCGAUAUAUGUUGGCUGCAACGAGCAUCACCCGCUCGGAAUCUUCAGACAGCCUAGCGAAGCUCAAUCUGGCGGCUUUUCCUCACACAAGGCUGCUCAGUCAUUGCUCGGCCGUUGGACCGGUCUUUUUAAGAUAGACAUCGACGACCACGUCGGUCAUUUUUUGCGAAACCGGUUCUACUUUUACGCGAACAACCCGGAACAUACUGCGCAAGUCGUCAACGACGCUGUCAGUUCGGCAAAUGAUGCUACCCAGGCCGUUUCGAAGCAUAGUACGCAAGAAAACCUCACACAGGCCGAAAGAAACGCGGGCAAUGUGGCGGAGAAGUCGUUGAAACGAAAGAUACUGGAACCUGAAAAUGCCGGUUCCAAAAAGCCAAAGAAACGGAAGACAGUCGGGAGAGCAGGACAAGCUGAACCCGACAAAAAAGCCAAGAAGAAAGCCAAGGCGAACGCAGGGGUCACAGGCAAGUGAACGCGUUCUCGCUCCUGCGGCUCUAUCCGAGACUGAGACUCGAUCGCGACAGUGAAACAAAACGGAUCAGACAAGAAAGCGAAGCCGAAGGAACCCAACCAGCAGACAAGGAAGCCGGCGAGACGCAAGAGAAGUAAAACGACGGCUCACAAAGACAAGGCAGAGGGACUAGACACCUCGGAAUGAAAG